AUGGUUUCUGCACUGAUUUUAUUGAUUCCCACCGUCAUAGUCCUCUGUGUCAUAAUUGGUGUACUUGAAGAGAAAAUCAGAGUCGCCAGACCUGGAUUCGCCCCCGCCAUAGAUAUCACCGUGAGUAUACUCAUGAUACUAGUCAUUUUUCUUGUCCGCACCAUUGCGCUUGGUACCAUUUCCAUUGUUGAACCCUCGCUCGAUUACAGGAUCGUAAAAGGCCUUGGAUAUGGAUUUUAUAUCCCAAUGUUACCCUGCGUAUAUGACAUAAUAAGCACCGUUGGCUCAUGCUGUUCAAGAACAAUGGUUAAACUGAUGCACAAUGCGAAUUUUCUUAUGGUGACCAUAGGUGCCAAGAGCCCUGAAGGGUAUGCGAUUUUCAGUUAUCAAAUGGACCAAGAAAAGGCGUUUUGCAGAGGCGAGUGUGCUAUUUGCUUGAUGGAGUACGAGAUAAAAGACAAUUGUGCAUUGUUAGAUAUAUGUGGACAUACGUUUCACCACAAAUGCUUAUAUGAGAAUUUGGCUAUGUCUACCCGUUGUCCGCUUUGUCGUCAAAGUAUCAAAGAUGGUAAGGAACUCCAUGUAGCUGCUAGUCAAUAA